GGACAAGAAGGGCCAUGUCCACUACUUGAUCAAGUGGCGGGACUUGCCUUAUGACCAGGCAUCCUGGGAGAGUGAGGAUGUGGAGAUACAGGACUAUGACUUGUUCAAGCAGAGCUAUUGGAAUCACAGGGAGUUAAUGAGGGGUGAAGAAGGGAGACCAGGCAAGAAGCUCAAGAAGGUGAAGCUGAGGAAGUUGGAGAGGCCGCCUGAGACUCCAACAGUCGAUCCAACAGUGAAGUAUGAGCGACAGCCAGAGUACCUGGAUGCCACAGGUGGAACCCUGCACCCGUAUCAAAUGGAGGGCUUGAAUUGGUUGCGCUUCUCCUGGGCUCAGGGCACAGAUACCAUCUUGGCUGAUGAGAUGGGCCUUGGGAAAACUGUCCAGACAGCAGUCUUCCUGUAUUCUCUCUACAAGGAGGUAGGAAAGCUGGGCCUAUUAUUUCUUUGUGGGG